AUGAAGACGCUGAGUAAAGCAGUCUUGAGACUGCACCUUCUAUGCAUCUUCUUUGCUAUCGGGUCUUUCGUUUGGGGAUAUCAUAUUGGUAUACUGUCAUCAGUCCUUGUGCAUCCAGGUUUUAGACGUGCUAUGGGUUAUCCGACGGCGUCCGAAAAGGGUGUUAUAACCGCUAUAUACUAUCUAGGCACCUGGGUGAGCUACAUAUUCGUAUCUCACCCGGUAAGCGACCGGUUAGGACGUCGAUACGCGGCAUUAACCGGCAUCGUCGUUGUGGCUAUAGCGACGGCAAUCGAGGCUGGUGCUAGCGGCCCGGGAGCAUACUCGAUGAUGAUCGUGGGACGUGUCAUUUCGGGUCUCGGUAUCGGAAUGAUUUCUACUUCGGUACCGUUAUACCAGAGUGAAGUAGCCCCUGCCGGCAAGCGAGGAAAAUACGUCGUUUUAAAUCAUGUCGGAUUCGUGGUUGGCUUAGCAUCCGGCUUCUGGGUCGGAUACGGCGUGACCUUCUGGAGCGACUCUGCCUACGGACAGUAUGUCUCCUGGCGCUUUUCGCUCGCCAUAAACCUCGUCCCAAGUUUGAUCUUCGGCGUCGGCCUGCCUUUUCUUCCUGAGACGCCUAGAUGGCUCGUAGAACACGGGUAUUAUGAUAGGGCCCUGAGAUCCCUUCACUGGUUGCGCGAGGGGAGCUUCACGAACGAGCAGAUCCACGCCGAGCUCGCGCGUAUACGGGAUGACGUGGAAGAGUACAAGGGCUACACGAGCUGGACUAUGCUCUUCAGGGAUCCGAAUCUGUUUAGUCGGCUUUGGAGGGCUUCUCUGCUGCAGUUCAUGGCACAGAUGUGUGGUGCCGCGGCGAUGAAAUACUAUCUUCCCACGCUUCUCGAGAAACUUGGGCUAUCUACGCGCGUAGCUCUGAUGGCGGGUGGAAUUGAGUCUACCCUGAAAAUCGGCAUGACGAUCAUCGAAAUGCUGCUCAUUGAUCGUCUCGGGCGGCGAGUCACGCUGGUCUCGGGGACGCUCGCCAUGGGGUUCGCACUACUGAUCAACGGCGUCCUCGGCCAAGUGUACCCCUCAAAUACGAAUCGCGCCGCUGACAUCGUCUGCGUGGUAUUCAUCUUCGUGUACGCGUUGGGGUAUAGCAUGGGCUUCGGGCCCGCAGCAUGGGUAUACGGAUCAGAGAUCUUCCCGACAGCAGUCCGCGCGCGAGGUCUCAAUUUCUCGGCAUCGGGUACCUCGAUCGGGUCCAUCGUGGCAGCGCAGGUCUGGCCCGUGGGCAUCGAGACGAUCGGUUCGAAGAUAUAUUUCUUCUUCAUGGCCAUCAACUUUGCCUGCAUUCCAAUAAUCCUCCUCUUCUACCCCGAGACCAAAGGCGUAUCCCUCGAAGACAUGGGCACCCUAUUCAACAGCAGCCAACGACACCUCUCCACACACGACAACGACGGAGAAGGAUGCAGCGAGCCCAUCAGCGCUGCUGCUGUCCCCAAGCCUCCGGGAGAAGACAGCCAUGCGACAGUGUAA